ACGGGCGCAUUCGCCUGGCGUCCUUCCUGCAGAGCAGUGGCGAGGUCACAGUGGGGUUGGUUCGUAAGCUCCCUCUUGUCACCCUCUCACCCCACUACCCUCUCACCCCUCUCACCUCUCUCUCCCCCACAGACGGGCGCAUUCGCCUGGCGUCCUUCCAGCAGAGCAGUGGCGAGGUCACAGUGGGGGUGGUUCGAGACGCGCACAUGUGGCCGCUGCAUGAGUGCGUGCAGGAGCCUUCCUCCCUGCCCGCCUCCAUCGACCUGCACUGCAUGGCGUCAGUCAUUGCUGCCUGGCAGGACAUUCGUGCCCGGAUAAACUUUGAGAAGCUGCCCGAGGGGCAGGGGCAGCUGCUGUCGGAAAGCCAUCUGCUGGCACCGCUGCCCCGGCCUGCGGGAGCCAUCAUGUGCAUUGGGAAGAAUUAUGAGGAGCAUGUGAAGGAGGUGGACACGUGGAAGACUGCUCCUCACAUCACCCAGCCCAGCAUCCCCACUCACCCCAUUGUGUUCACCAAAGCACCCCAAUCAGUGACAGGGCCCGGCACGGCCAUCCUCAUUCCCCACGGCCACUCAGAGGCUAUCGACUACGAGGCAGAACUGGCAGUGAUCAUUGGGAAACCCGGUCGAGGCAUCAAGGCAGAAGACGCCAUGAGUCAUGUCUUUGGCUACACCAUUCUGAAUGAUGUGACGGCAAGAGACGUGCAGAAGCGGCACCAGCAGUGGUUCCUUGGCAAGAGUUGCGACACCUUCUGCCCCAUGGGCCCUUGGAUCGUACCAGCAUCGGAGAUCAACGGCCAGGAUCUCCACAUUCGCUGCUGGAUCAACGAUGAGCUCCGGCAGAACGCGCGCACCACACAGCUAAUCUUCCCCAUCCCCACCCUCAUCGCCACCAUAUCUGCUGGCAUCACUCUGCAACCCGGCGAUAUCAUUGCCACCGGCACGCCUGCAGGCGUGGGUUCUGGCUUUGACCCGCCAAGGCAUCUCAAGCACGGGGAUUCAGUGCGCAUUCAGAUUGAGAAUGUUGGGGAACUUACCAACCGCGUGGAGUGA